AUGCAACCUGGAAUCUUGCCACAAGGACCAAUUGCUCCUGAAAUUUGGCCUUACAUUACCAUUGUAUUAGAUACCUCUUCCGAGUUGAGUAGUCCAACAGCGUUGAAUGAUCGAGGAUUCGAAGUGCUCCGAAUAUUCCUGGUCAACACUUUGAUCAAGUACCAAAUUGGAGUCGAGUAUACUUUGGUUUCUUUAGUGACAUUUGACGCUCAAACAAAGGUUGAGUUCCACUUCAAUAGUCAUACGGAUUGGACUUCUUUAUAUAAAGCUUUAACCAUUGAUUGGCAAUAUGGACCUGCAGACAAUCAUGGAAAAUGGAAAAACAUUGAUGACGCUAUGGAGCUCGUGCUAUCGGACGUUUAUCAACCGACAAAUGGUGCCAAAGGUGAUGGCAAUGUCUUAUGGAUUUUUACCACUGGACCUAACAAUCUAAAUCUCACUCAAAGAUACCAGAAUGCAACUGUUCUGGACCAUAUCAAAUCAUUGGCACCUCGUAAUAGUGACAGUUUUAAAACAGCCGACUAUCUCACAGCUCUUAAUUUCAUCGUCAAUAACAUUUCGUUAACAUCAAAUGGUAAACGAAAAUCCACUCAGAGUUUCGCGACUUUCCUCACAGCUAGCAGUGACAACAAUUAUUCAAUCACGGACAUUAAUCUUUUGAAUAAAACGAAAAGCCUUUAUGUGACUCAAGUUCUUUGCCUUGACAAUGGCUCAAUUCCCACGUUUGCGAAACAGCUUGCAAGCCAGGAAACAUACGCUUACAACGUUGAUGAUCUCCUUGAUUGGUCGACAUCAGCAACCGGAAAGAAAUCGCCUAUGCAAGCUUUCUUCGCCGAUCUACAAAUUGAAAAUCAAAUGGCUGUGCAAAAAGGAAUACUCGAGACAACUGAUGUAAAAGCUGAUAUUAUCUUUGUGCUUGAUUUGGCAAAUCUAAACGACAACUUCAACUCGAUGAUUCAAUACUUCAACGAUUUUACCGCGAAGUUCACAAUUGGGCAAUUCAACGCUCAAUUUGCUGGCAUGUCGUUUGGAAGUCAGACACAAGAUCAGUUCACGUUGUUGGCAUGCGGAAGGAAUCUCACUCUAGGAGCUUUAAAGAAUUUAAACGAGAACCAAUUGAUUUCCUCGAGUGGUUGGCGACAUUCGAAGACUUAUAUUCUCAUGUUCUCCGCUCAAUCGAGUCCGAUUUGGAAUAUGGAAGAAUUGGACGAAAUCUGCUAUCAAUUGCACAAUAAAAACGCUUUUCUCUACUACGUUGAUAUGGCAAAUGGAGCGAUGCCAGACGAAAUGAAGAAAUAUUUUGAUGGAAACACUUCAAUUAGUAAUCCCAACCAGCUGCAAAUGAACUCAACAGCUGAUCAAGAUCUCGUCCUCGCUGUUACUUCAAGUUACCAUGCAUACCAAUAUCCACCACUACGCAAUUUAUCAACUGUCAUUGCUGAUUUCGUUUUUGUUGUCGAUCUUUCAAACACUGGAGUUUUAGCGCAGGUCAAAGAUGUACUUUCAAAUCUCCUUGAUGGAAUGAAUAUCAAUGCUAACAACUCUCAAGUCUCAUUGAUCGUCUACAAUGAAAAUGGGAUUAUAUCUGAGUCAACCUUUGUUCUGAAUCAAUAUCAAAAUGCAAAUGAUUUACAAAAAGCUCUUGAUAAUAUGAAUCAAACAACUUCGACGCCGACAACAGAUUUUGGGAAAGCUUUAGUGUAUCUAGAAGAACGAAUUUUCAACAAUUCUUUCAAUGGUUAUCGCAAGACGAUCACUUUUCUAACCUUCAUCAACACAAAUCCGAGUCUUGCUGAACCGCUGACCAGCUUUGUGAACACAUUGAACAGUCUGCGAUCUUUCCCAUUCUUGUAUUUCUAUGGAUUUAACAUAGCGCAAACGAAUCCAGACGACGUCGAUCAAACUUUGCUAACGGUUUUCCCAUCAACAAUGUCAAUGUACAUUAUCCGCACAAAUGUCUUGGUCCCCGAUACUUCUGUUGUCAACAAUUUUAUCAAAUUCAUCGCCAACACUUAUACAGCUUUCAUUACUCAACCAAUAACAACAAUAGAGACAAAGAUCACCACAACAGGUCUCACUUGUUCUGAUUGCAACCCGCCUUCUUCAAGCAUUAUACUACUUGUUGCAAGAAGAUUUGGAAACCAAAAUCAAGACGAGAUUUUAUGGUGGCUAAAUCAAACAGUUACCAUGGUAAACGAGUUGGGUAGAAACUGGAAUCAUUUCGAACGAAUGGCUGUUUUCUCGUUUGACAGCGAUUUCUAUGUCGAGAAAAGCCUUCACAGUAUGAACAACUUUGCCGACUUUUCAGCUGGAGUUCUCAAUAUUCAGCCAAGCAACGAAACGUUGAAUUUAGCAAAUGCUUUACAAGCGAUUGAUGAGAGUCAGUUACCAUACGCUGGUUUGCUUCAAAAUGUGAUUAUGUUUCUGGAUGAAAGUGUGAAUGAUACCAUUUCCCAAGCUAUUCCAUUUGCUCAAAAUUUGAUGGCAAAAGGAACAGUUUUAGCUGUGACAAUAAAUGGAAGCGCAUUUUGGCAACUCGGCAGCAAUAACACAGCUGCAUUUUCCUGCUUUCCCAAUCUCACUCCAUACGAUUGUAUUUGGAAAAUUGAUGCUUUUCUAGGUGCCGUGCUACCAACGACAACAAUCCGACCUACUACAAGCUAUUCUCAGAUUUGUCGGCCACUUGCAUCCAGUUCCACUUAUAUCUCAAGUUUUGCAACAACAACCUAUACGGACUUCUAUUCUGACGCUUCAAUAAGAAUGAAAUAUAUGCUGAAAGAUCUGGCAAUAUACUGGAAUCACUUUGAUGGUGUCGAUAUUUCAUACAUUGGCGAAAGUUUUUAUCAACUUCGCGACUAUGGAGACAUCCACAACUACAAUGAUUUUGAUGCUGCAAUAACAAACUUGCCAUAUGCAGACAAUUUUACGGAUCUUUUAACAGUCCUUCAAGCUGCUAACCAAAUUUUAUCAAUAUGCGACUUUGGCAAUCAAAACGCCGUUCUAUUUGUCGAUUCGGAUCUCUUUGAUUUGGAGAUAGAUCAAGGCACGCUAGAUGAAGCGGACAAACUCAAAGCCAAAGGUGGCCUCAUCUUUGUCGCGAUGGGAUUUAACUUAUCUCAAUAUCCGACAGUCUCAAAUAAAUACGAGACGGCGGUGUGGCAAAAUCUUAGCGAUUGGAGCUCUAAUCAAUUCAGUUAUCAAUCUACUCUCUCAAAAGUGGCUACGUUUUUAGGCGUUUCCGAUUAUCAUGCCACUCCACCACCACCUUCUGACUGGCCAAUUCAGUGGCCUCAAAGCUUUAAUCUCUCG